GAGCAGCUCGUACGUCAGUCUGUCAGCGAAACUCGAAGCGAGCGGUACGCAUGCGCGCAGUUCGCAUAUCCGUCAAAUACAAGAUACAAAACCUCAAGUUUUCCGAUACAGAUACAGUGCGACAAUCUAAACACGCGUUCGAACUUUAAGAUCGCGAAAGAGAGACACCGAAGCACGGGGCAAGGAGUGUGAACAUCAUAUGGACAGCGAAAUAAAUAAAGCGGAGGCAUAAAAAUUCCUCACAUCGUUCGGUGCGCAGCAACGACGAUCGAAUGCGAACAAAAACCUAAAAAAAUAUAUAAAAUAAAAGUAAAGGAAAAGAAAAAAAAAACAAAAGCAAGUCCAAGGUGCCCGGCGCGGUGGAGUGACCAAAGGUGCGAGACAAGAAAUUAAAUUGAUAAAAUAAAGCCUAAAAAGCGGAUGCCUAGGACUUUGUCUUUUACCCUUGGCCAGAACCAACACACGAACUUGUCGCGUUGUUGUUAGCUCUUCGCGGGCAAUUAUCGGGACGAAUCGCGGGAAUCUGGGAAUUCGAGAGUGCUAAAGUGUGUGUAUAUCAUAUAUAUAUUAUAUAUAUAUAUAUAUAUAUUUAUAUAUAUUGGUGGUGUGGCAAAUAGCUCAGAGCCACGAAAUUGGUUUUAUCGGCGAACCGAAAUCGCCAAACUGCACAAAUCCAGAAAUUAAAAACAAAAAGAGAGAAACUGUUAAGCUGAAGGGCAAGCCGGCCAGCCAGCCAGCCAUCCAAGUCACCCAACCAACCAACCAACCAACCAACCAGCCAGCUAGCUAGCCAUUCCACAAAAUAUUAACCCGCCGGGCUUACAACGCCAGCAAACAAACAAACAAACGGCCAGCAAAAAUGUAUAAUAAAAAAUUACAGCAAGUGAUCGUGCAGAAAAUAGAUCGAUAAACCCCAAACCCCAAACCCCGAACUCAAACCCCAAAAAAAAAAAGUAAAAAAAGAAUUUAUAUAAGAGCGACGCGGUCCAGCGGAAAGUAUAAAAAUAAAUAAACGAGCGACGAUCAGCGAGCGAUCAAGGAGCUAAAGCAGGAGGAGCACGUUUCUGGGUUUUUGUUUCAAUUUCAAUUGUGGAAAUCGUAGAGGAAAAAUUCGAACCGGUCUCCGGAGCCAAGUUGCCAACGAGGAGCGGAGGACGAAGGAAGCCGAGCAAACCCAGGAGAAUCCGAACCACCGAUAUUUAUUAAACAAAGACAGAAAUUAAUUUCACGAUUUUUGUGAGGCUGCUGCACCGCUGCACUGCUGCACCACACCCCACCCGCCCCGUCCAUGAGCGGCUUGAACUUUGAGCCUGAGGUCUGGUCUUCAACAGGGAACUAGGGAUCGGGAUCUUCGGCUCGCCGGCAAAAUGUACGACAUCAAGCGCCUGGAAGCGGGACAACAGAAACUACACCAAGCACAGCAAAUCUUGGGCCUUGACCUAAGCGUCCAGCAGCAACAGCAACAGCAACAACAACAACAGCAACAUCAACAACAACUCACCUGCAGCGUGAUCACAGCGCCCGAGAACCGGGCUAAUCCCAAUCCCAAUUCCAAUCCCAGCGAGGCCACCCACAUGACUUUGCUAACGCUGCGCCGGCGCCGUUCGCUGCAGCGACGAGCCUGCCUUCUGAGCAUCCUGGCCGCCUUCGUCUUUGGUAUGGCACUGGGCGUGGUUGUGCCCAUGUUCGGCCUGCCCCGCCACUUGGAUUCCCCGCCAAAUCUAACGGAGGAGUUAGACAUGGUCGCCGUGGAGCCACUAAGCAGUUACCGCGUGGAGUUCAUAAAGGAGACGGCGGACGCCGAACUAAGUGCCGAACAGGUGUUCCGCAAUGCUUUUCACCUGGAGCAGGACAAGAAUGCCCCGGACUCGAUGGUGGUGAAGAAACUGGACACCAACGAUGGCAGCAUCAAGGAGUUCCACGUUCAGCGCACGGCCAGCGGGCGAUAUCGCAAGGGUCCGGAGCGGAGGCUGUCCAAGAAGGUGCCGGAAAGGAUUCCAGCACAGGAAGCCCUACAUUCUCCGACCACCUCGCCUUCAAGUCCAACUAGCGAGAAAGCGGGUGUCAUCGAGGAUGAUGUCUUCUGGGGACCCACUGUAGAGCAGGCUCUGCCCAAGGGAUUCGCUUCGGAGGAUCAACUCUCCUGGGAACGCUUCGUGGGCGAGCAGGGACGAGUAGUUCGACUGGAGCAAGGAUGCGGAAGGAUGCAGAACCGCUUGGUGGUCUUUGCUGAUGGAACGCGAGCCUGUGCCCGCUACCGCCAGAACACGGAUCAAAUUCAGGGCGAGAUCUUUAGCUACUAUCUGGGCCAACUGUUGAACAUAAGCAAUUUGGCUCCGAGUGCCGCCACUGUGGUGGACACCAGUACGCCCAAUUGGUCCGCUGCCCUGGGCGACAUCACGCAGGCCCAGUGGAAGGAGCGCCGACCGGUGGUGCUAACCCGUUGGCUGUCCGAUCUGGAGCCAGCUGGGAUACCGCAACCCUUCCAGCCGCUGGAGCGGCACCUCAACAAGCACGAUGUCUGGAAUCUGACGCGGCACAUGCAACCCGAAAGGCAGGCGCAGCAAGCACAGCAGACACAGGGAUUACUCAAGCGGUUGGGGGCUGCCAGUUCGCCCGGCUCCGCUCAUCAAUCAAACGCGAUUGAGGAGACAGGAACAGGAACAGAAACGGCCAACGGAGCGCUGGUGCAGCGACUAAUUGAAUUGGCACAAUGGUCCGAUUUAAUCGUCUUCGAUUACCUGAUCGCGAACCUCGAUCGCGUGGUUAAUAACCUGUACAACUUCCAAUGGAACGCCGACAUCAUGGCCGCGCCGGCCCACAAUCUGGCCCGCCAGUCCGCCUCGCAGCUGCUCGUCUUCCUGGACAACGAGAGCGGCCUGCUGCACGGCUACCGGCUGCUUAAGAAGUACGAGGCAUAUCAUAGUCUCUUGCUGGACAACCUCUGCGUCUUCCGGCGACCCACUAUUGAGGCACUGCGUCGUCUUCGAGCAGCGGGAGCGGGACGCCGACUGCGUGACCUCUUCGAGCGAACAACCAGUGCGGGAGUACGAGAUGUUCUACCUUCGCUGCCGGAUAAGUCCGUCAAGAUUCUAGUGGAGCGCAUUGACCGGGUGCUGGGUCAGGUGCAAAAGUGCCAGGGAAGCUAAUGAAGCCAGCCGUUUCCCACCUACACCUGCAACUCUCGACUGAUAAGCUGUAAAUACCGGAGCAGCAGUGGGUGCAUCUUCAUCUGGAUCAGGAUAGUAGCAGUAGUCAAGGGAUCAGUGGCUAAGAAGAACUUUCAAUCAGGGGGCGGGAGUCUUAGAAAAAAUCUGUAACCAACUUUGAGAAGAUGAACGAUCGACCUAUGCCACUGAUCCCCAAGGAGAUCCGAGUAUUAAAGGGUGAUCCACGAAACAUACCUAACUUGUAAAUGCCAGACUCUAUCCAUGAGUAUUAAGCUUACCUAUAUCCGUAAAUGUAUCUUGUAUAAAACUAAGCUUAGCUAGCGUUAACAAUCUGUGUGAUAUUUGUCUAAGGAACCAGACUAAGUAGAUUUCAUUUUACGUUUACAACCAAUAAACAACAAAUAUACCGAAAGA